UCGGAGAGAAGGCGUACUGAUCUCGUCGAGCGGGCUGGAGCUAAGCCACCCUCCUCCCGUGGAUCCCCAACACCAAAUCCACCGGAACCCCUCAAAAAAAAAAAAACCAAAUCCACCGGAGAGAACGCCGGCCGGCCCUCCGCCGCCUUCCCCGUCCAAGCAAGCAGGUCGUGCUCCUCCUCCGUCUCCGAUUUCUCACCGUCGAGCCAUCUCGGAGUGGAGGGCUAGCUCUUGGCGCGUGGAUGGCGGGGGAGGAGGGAGAUGGAGGCCAGGCGCGCGUCGCCGGAAAAGCGUUGCCCGUCCUGACUUCCCGCGCCGGCGACGCUCGAGCAAGGAAGCGGGAGCGGGCGCCGGCGGCCACUCGGGCAACUACAACAUCUUCCUCACCAGAGACUGCUUGGCCUCCAACAAGAUAAAGCCCGCGGUCAACCAAAUUGAGACACACCCUUACUUACAGCCCAAUUCCCCUCUGAAGUUGCCACACCUUUUUUUUUGCGGGGAAAGGGAUUUCCUUGCUCAAUCAAAGAUUACAAUCAUUCCAAACAGGUACUUUGACUUCAGGUGGGUAAUUACCAAACCAGCAUGCAGUGGAUUGCUGCGACCGGCCUCUCGAAGCGAGAGCAUGGCCAGCCUCAUUUUGAGUACGAGAAAUCUUCGCAUUCCUUUUUCCUGAUAUCAGCUGCAUAAUUUCCAUCACCUAGUUUACAUACAUAGAGUGGCUCUGGCCUGGACACUUGACAAGAUUGAUAUCCUCUUAAAAAUCAAUUUCCACCUUGGUUCUGGCCAGUCAAAAUAGGGCAUGCGAAAUUAGAUUCUGAGUCCAGACAAUUAAAGACCCAAGAAAAGAGCGCAAAAUCAAGGUUAGAAGUGGCGAAAAACCUAGCUGGAGCGAUGUAUAUCAGCUAUGCAUCUUGUGCCACUAAGAGUGCGCUUAUAGGUGUACUGCCCGCUAAAAGGGUUCCUGAAUAUGCAGUAAAAGUGACUUGAAACUUGAAAGCUUGCAGCUUGCGUUCGUAAAUCGUCUAAUCUAGUGUCCUAACUAGCCGCCAACUAGUCAGACUGUUUGUUUGGGAGGUGUCUUGAAUCGACUUGUCGACUUGAAUACCUUGUUCCAGGUACUGUUGCAUGAAAAGUUCAUACACCCCCUCGUCUAGUAGUGGUUGAUUAGUCAAAUUUAAUGAAUCCCCUUGAUUAGUAGUGUUGAUUAGUCAGAUUUAGCCUGUUGGAAGGCGUCUCGACUUGACUUGUCACUUACAAAGAAAAACUUUCUCGAGACACUGUCAAGAUGAUGAUUUUUUUAUUCACAGCACCAUAUCAAGAUGAUGCAACUACAGAAGAGGUCAACUUUUAGCCUUAUUUUUCAAGCGGGAAAAGAGAGAGAUAGCAACCUAAUGCACUGAUUGAUGGGUUUCUUCAUUCCCUCAUUUUCUCCCAAUUGACUUAGCCUGUCGUAGACCCUUAUCCUCUUCCCAGGAUUCCUUAAACAAGUCUGUGACAAGGGCUAAUGUUGAUUUUGGUGCCAGGAGUGAGACCAUUAUGCAUGGUGAAGUUGCCUAGAAGUUCAGCUGAUCUGGUUUGUGAUAGUAUGCAACUCACUCCAGGAAUCUUCCUAUAAGAAUAGAUUGCCAUUUCCUAAAAAAAGUGGAGUCGGUUGGAAGAAAGGUAACCUCCUCGUAUGAUUGGCUGACACUUGGUGCAGAACGCAGUUUUUGCCAAUCCACAUUCUCUUCUUAUUCCGAGAAACAAUACUGGUAGUCAGGCACACCAAUGGAAUCAGUUCAAGCGAGGGUGACAUGCAUGAACCAGUUCCGGUACAAAGGUUGGACCUCGUCACAAGGAUAAUCAAGUUUAGGUACCGUUCACAUGGUUGACCGAUACUCGAAGUUCAUGAAUUCCACUUGUAUAUAAAUUGCUGCUUUGCAAUGACCAGCCUCUGCCCAUACCACUUGACAUCUCCUUCUCCCGAAUCCCAAAGCCUCACACACAGUGCAUAAGGCUAUUUGGAUUGCUUGAUUGUGGGAAAGAAGAUCCUGCAACAAAUGGAGGGGGUGAUAGCGGUUGCCAUGACAGGAGCGAUGUCAUCACUCAUCAGCAAGCUCGCGGCCUUGCUGGAGAAGAAGUACAAGCUGUCCAAAGAUGCGAAGAAGGAGAUCAUCUCUUUGAAAGAUGAGAUGAGCUCUAUGAAUGCUCUGCUCCUGAAGCUGUCUAGGUUCGACGAGCUCGAUGAGCAACAGAAGGACUGGCGUGACAAGGUCCGUGAGCUAUCUUAUGGUAUGGAAGACUGCAUCGACAUAUUCAUGAAUGAUCUUGAUAGUGCUGAUGCCAAGGCUGGGCUUUUGGGUGGACUAAAAAAGCUCAAGGCUCACUACAAGAUUGCUAACAGGAUCGAAGAACUAAAGGCAAAGGUCUUGGAAGCAAGCGAUCGUCACAAUAGAUAUAAGCUUGAUGAGCAUGUUGGUUCUUCUCGGGGCCCUGAGGCUAUUGACCCUCGUGUACAGGCACUCUAUACCGAGGCCGAUAGCCUUGUAGGCAUAGAUUCCCGAAAGGACAAGCUUAUCGAGUUGCUGAGGAUGGAGGAGAAUGCACCACAACUUCAUGUGGUAUCAGUUGUUGGAUUUGGAGGCAUGGGCAAGACAACGCUUGCCAAACAAGUUCAUGAUAAGAUCAAAAGCCAAUUUGAUUGCACAGCCUUUGUAUCGGUGUCUCAAAAUUCCAAUCUUGUCAAGGUAUUGUCAGAUAUACUCUCUGGAGUUUGGGGGCCGGUGCCUUCUUUCCUGAAUGAAGAGCGCCAACUGAUCGACAAACUUAGGGAAGUUCUCCAAAACAAAAGAUACCUUAUCGUGAUUGAUGAUAUAUGGGCAAUGGAAGCAUGGAACAUUAUUAAAUGUUCUUUCAUGGAGAAUAAUCGUGGUAGUAGAGUUAUAAUUACUACACGUAUUGAAGAUGUAGCUCAUGCAUGCUGUUCUUGUUUCCAUGGCCAUGUUUACAACAUCAAACCUCUUAAUGAUCUUGACUCAAGGAGAUUAUUCCAUAGAAGGAUUUUCCCCUCUGAAGAUGCUUGUCCUGAGAAACUAACGAAUGUUUCUGAUAAAAUUCUAAAGAAAUGUCAAGGGGUUCCACUAGCCAUACCGAGUGUAGCCAGCCUUUUGGCUAAUCAUAAGGAGGUAAAUUCAAAGGAAUUCUGGGAAAGGAUACAAAAUUAUUUAAGCUUAAAAUUGGAAGGAAACCCUGCUUUAGAAUGGAUGCGACAUGUCCUUAAUCUUGGAUACAACUAUUUAUCUCUGGAUCUUAAGACCUGCAUGCUAUAUCUCGGUAUAUUUCCUGAAGAUUCUGAAAUAAGAAAGGAUGAUUUGGUUAAGAGGUGGAUCGCCGAGGGUUUUGUGGGUCUAGAGGAGAUUGCAGAAAAUUAUUUUAGCGAGCUCAUCAAUAAAAACAUGAUCCAAAUAGCCGAGUUUGAUGACUGUGGGAAUGUGUUGUCUUGUCGAGUGCAUGAUCUAAUGCUUGACUUUAUCAUACUGAAGUCCACAGAAGAAAACUUUUUCACCAUAACUAAGGAAUCUCCUGUAAUUACCAUGAAAGGCUCCAUGGAAGUUCGUCGACUGUCCCUCCAACUCAGAAAUACAGAAUGCAAUCAUGUGCUAGGGAACAUUGCUCUGGCCCAAGUUAGGUCAUUUAACUUUUGGGGACCUGGUCAAUGUAUGCCUUCUCUCUCAAGGUUUCAACUUGUGCGAGUUCUACAUCUUGAUGUGUAUGAUUCCAAGGAAGAGCAGUAUGAUCUGCCUUCGGUACGCAGUUUGUUCCUACUGACAUAUUUGAGGAUCAGAGGUUUGAAGUGUGAUGAACUGCUAAAACAAUUGCAAACACUGAAACAUUUGAAGUCAUUGGAGAUAGUCGGUGGAGGAAAUCGUGGAGAGCUAGAUGUUCGCUACUUACCCUCAAUGUUGUGGCAUCUCAUUGUUCCUCAAAAUUUGACUUUGUUUGGUGAGAUUGGCAGGAUGGAAGCCCUCCGUACUCUGCAUCAGCCCUUCAUUAUACAUGUGGAGAUCUUGAAGGGACUCGGUAAUCUGAAGAACUUAAGGGAGUUAAAGCUAUAUCUCUUUGGAUUCAGUGAUUUUGAAGAUGCCCUACUCCCUUCGCUCUGUAGGCUCGACAGCCUUCGAUCCCUAGCCACCGAUGGGUACACCUUAGGAUAUGAUUGUUUGACUUAUUGGAACCCACCUCCGCGCCAUCUUCAUAGACUGCAUGCACUGAACGGCCCCUUCUCCAUGGUCCCAGAUUGGAUUGUGCAACUCGAAAAUCUCAAAAGCUUGGAGAUGCAACUCGUGUCACUGCCAAGGGUUGGUGUCGAGGUUCUUGCCAGUCUGACCACGCUGGUUCACCUUAUACUGCGUGUAAGGGGCAGUGUAAGGGAUCAUGCUCCCGAAGAAGACGUCGUUGUUGUCCGUGGUGCGACAUUCCCAAACCUCAAGAAUCUUGUCUUUGUGUAUGAAGUGCCCUGCCUCACGUUCGAGGCAGGCGCUAUGCCAAGGCUUCAUAACCUCACUAUAGAGUGUUGUGUGCAAGCAGUGCGCCAAGCCGAUGGUGUACUCAAUGGCAUCGAGCACCUAGGGAGCCUCAGGGCGUGCAAGGUGCAUAUUUACAAGUGGGCCAACCUCUUCAGGGAGAGUUUUGAUAGGUUUGCUGCUGUGGCACAAGGAGGGGAACACGUAUUUCAGGAGGAGGCUCCACACAUGCAGGUGCAGAGCCUUCGGGCCGCAAUCAGCAAGGCGGUCAACAAGCACCCGGGGAAUCCCAAUGUCAGUAUUGUAACUUUUUGAUAGUGCAAUCAGGCGAAGGAAAUGGGAGGAAGUACUGGUGCUGUUCUUGUGUAUCAAGUCAACUGGUUGCGAUGUGAGCAGAUGGAAGCUGGGGCCAAGUGUUUGCAGUGUUGGGCUGCAGUACAAGGAGCAAAAGGAAGCUGACAUGGUGUUACGAGGGAGUUUAUGUCCCAAUCUGAAUGAUGAUUGUGUAAUGUGUAAUAAUCUUUCUCGUGUUAAGUUGAUAUGGUGUGGUCUAUCAUGUGUUGAGCUUGUAAUUCUUUAUAGCUAUGACACUAAUAAACAUUGGGUUGUGUGCCUUGUACUGCAGCCCAAGAGGAUUUUUCGUUCUUAUCAAUACAUGGUUCUCCUUUUCUAUCAA